AUGGAUAACGCCGGCAACCAAUCGUGGGGAAGCCUCACGCUGAGCUUGGUUAAACGCUUUCGCACCCCAUUUAUUCAGAAUCUACAAAGCCCGGCCAGGCACCACCAACUACCGAACCCACACCCUUCGCCCACGCCAUCACCUUCGAGAACACAGGAAGAACAGUCCCAGAACUCCAAAAAGCCAGGAUACUUCGCCAUGGAUUCAGAAGGCUCAGCCGUGCUGCAUCGUAACCUACAGCACCAGUUUCUGCGUCUUACACAUGGAAGCAAGAGCCGGCUGUUCUUGGAGGACGGCCGAAGCAUCAUAGAUGCUUCUGGCGGUGCAGCGGUGGCUUGCAUCGGGCAUGGUGACGCCCGCGUACGGGAUGCCAUGGCGGCGCAACUUGACAAAGUCUCAUAUUGCUCAACCAUGUUCUACACCACUGACGUGUACGAGCAAUUGUGUAAGCAGCUUAUCCAAUCGACGCAUGGGCAGAUGUCCAAGGUGCUCAUCGUCUCGUCUGGGUCGGAAGCGAUGGAAGCUGCUAUGAAACUUGCACGACAAUACUUCCUUGAAAAACCUGACUCAGAGCCUAAGAGGGUCAAUUUCAUCGCACGCCACCUAUCUUACCAUGGCACAACCCUUGGAAGCUUGUCCAUGGGCGGUCACGUCUUCAGACGAGCAAAGUUCGAGCCGAUGCUCCUGAAGAAUAUAUCAAGGGUCUCACCUUGCUUCGCAUACAGAGGGCAAGGGCAGGAUGAGAAUGCUGAAGCGUACGUUGCAAGGCUCGCAGAGGAGUUGGAUAAGGAAUUCCAGCGCCUUGGCCCAGAAACGGUCUGCGCUUUCGUGGCCGAGCCAGUCGUUGGUGCUGCACUUGGAUGCGUACCAUCUGUUCCUGGGUACUUCAAGGCCAUGAAACAAGUAUGCGAAAAGCAUGGCGCACUUUUGAUUUUAGAUGAAGUUAUGUGCGGAAUGGGACGUACUGGGACACUUCAUGCCUGGCAACAAGAAGAUGUUGUCCCAGACAUCCAAACAAUGGGAAAGUGUCUUGGUGGGGGUUAUCAACCUAUCGCCGGGGUGCUCGUUAACCACAAAGUCAUAGAUGCUCUAUCUCAGGGCUCAGGGGCUUUUGUUCACGGUCACACUUAUCAGGGGCACCCGGUUGCUUGCGCUGCGGCACUUGAAGUCCAGAAAAUCAUCAGUCAGGAUCAUCUGCUCGAAAACGUUCGAGAGAUGGGCAAGCUGCUCUCAGAAGGUCUGAUUCGACGGUUAUCGUCGCAUCCCAACGUAGGCAACAUCCGUGGACGAGGGCUGUUUUGGGGGAUCGAGUUUGUUUCCGAACAGUCUACCAAGAAGUCAUUUCCAAACAAGGCCGGCGUCGCCAUGGGGAUCGCCGAACUCGGUUUGACCGAGUCCUACGGUAUUGCGGUCUAUCCUGGCACCGGCACAGUCGACGGUAUUAGUGGAGAUCAUGUUAUAGUGUCACCACCGUACAAUACCACCGCGGACGAGAUUGAAGAGAUUGUGGGCACAAUCGAAAGACUUGUCAACGACUACUUCAAGGAGAAGAAAAUCGCUUGCUAA